CUCCCUCUCUCUUUAAGUCAGAGUUAUGUCAUUAGGCCAGAACUUUUUUUCACCCCCUCUCCUCUUCAGUGCACGAGUAUUUCUAUAAGUGGAAAAGUUUUUGCAGCCGCACUUUUUGUUCAUUUUUUUUUCAUCAUGCUGUGUAAGUAGCCUAGUUUUGUUCCAUUUCUAUCAUUUCUUUUCAUUUUUGCUAAAAGGCGUUUGAAGGAGGCUGAAGUGAGGAGGAAUAUCGACGCAUUUAAAGACCCACUCCUCAUCGCGGGUGAUUGUACCCAGGCCGUGCAGACACCACCAUGACUCCCCAGGCUCCAGCUACGCUACCCAGACUGUGGUGGACCGCCAACCAUCCCAAAGGGUAGCUGGGAAAGAUGGACUCCAUACUGCAAGUUACCACCGAAAUUCUCCAGGGCCACCCGGGUGACCAAGACCACAAUAUAAUAUCAUAAAGCUGUCCCUGGAGGGCUCAGACUAGAAGACAAGAUGAACAUGAAGCUAACUUUUUGGCAACAGCCCACAGAGUCAAGGGGAUUGAGGCUUUCUCCAGCUGGUUUUAAUAUCUAGAUAGACAAAGUCGACAGCACAGACUGAUCCGAGACAAGUCAUCUACCUGCCAAACUUUGUUUUAAACUUUUUAAACUUCACUGUGUUUACCCGUGUUUUUCAAUCUUGCUAAUUUAAGAGACAGAAUAGACAUAAGUGAGGACAGUCACCAUGCCGAGGCCAAGGGCAGGGCCUGGUCCGCCACCUGAGGACCUUUAUGAGUUCUCCAUGGCCGCGGAAGAGGCUCAGUCUCUCCACUUGCACAGGAAAUCCUUAGAGACAACGUCUCCUCUGAGCAAAUACAUAGAGACCGAACACCAGCAAGCGGGGCUCUUCUCUCUGUCUCCCUUCGAUACCUCCCCGGACGCCACUGUCGACCUCCAGAAAAAAAGGAGGAAGAAAUGUGGCGACUGCACUCCCUGCCUUCGGAAAGCGAACUGUGGUACCUGCGCAAACUGUAUGAACCGCAAGACGGGCAAGCAGAUCUGCAAGCUGCGCAAAUGUGAACGGCUAAAGAAGAGACAGGAUGAGUGGGAGGUGGAAUAUUUUGAAGACAACCGACGAGGACGAAACCCUGAACUGCCAGCUGAGACUGUUUGCGAAGUCACUUCAGUGGAUGGCCCCAGAAGUGGAGGCCAGAUGGAAAUUGGGUCACAUGACCGCCUCCAGGAAGGCGCGCUGAGCCUGGAACUGGCCAAUGGGGUGAAUCGCUACCCUAAUGAUGAUUCAACAUCGAUGGAAACAGAGCAGCAGAGGGCGGGAAGCGUGCCUCCAAGGCCGUGCUGGGUGUCAGGACAUGGCAAGGUCAGUGACACCCAACAACAGCAACCAUGUUGGACCAGCAGCAGCGGUGCAACCCCCGGAGAACCUGUCCACCACGCAGACAUGGAGGAUGCCCACAAUCUGGUGGCUUUUUCUGCUAUUGCUGGCUCCUUGCCUCGUUCUUCCUCCUCUUCCUGCCUCGUGCAGCCUAACACAGCCCAGCUGUAUGGGAAGUUCACCAAGGAGAUGGGUACUGAGGGGGCUCAGGGCCAUCUCUCUGCAGGAGCUCCUGAGGGAAGCUUCCAAACUCCAAAAGACCUGAACAGUCUACAGACAGCACUGAGCCAAGCCAAACAUGGACACAAGCCCCCUAACUGCAACUGUGACGGGCCCGACUGUCCAGACUACCUUGAGUGGCUGGAGAAGAAGAUCAAGUUGGCAACCAGUGAGGAUCAAGGUACUUGCAAGAUGGCUGAUGCUCCCCCACACUUACAGCCUCACCUGCAGCAAACCCAUUUGCAGCAUCACCCUCAGCUCUACCCCCAGAUGAACGGUGGCCACCGUCUGUCCGCUUCAUACCCCCAGCAGCAACAGGGAAGUCAAGGCCCUCACCCAGACCAUGUGCCCUGCCCCAAACCCCCAAUUCCCUGCUCUCCACAGGUGCUCUCCAUAGCCAAGGAAAAGAACAUCAGUCUUCAGACAGCCAUUGCCAUCGAAGCCCUGACCCAGUUAUCUGGUACUGGUCCGCAAGCUGCCGGCUCUCCAGGUCAAGUUCCAUACAACAAUAACCUCCAUCACCACCAACAUACCCAGAACCUCCCAUCUCAGCCCCCCAAUGGCACCAGCUUGAUCCCGUCCUCUCCCGGCACCCACUCAUCUUCCUCACGCUCUCAAUCCGUCCCUCCAGGACUACACACCAUUCAGCAGGCCCCAGUGUCCUGUGAGCACCACAGGCCUCAAUCCCAGGGCCAGCCACCCCAUGCUACCCCUCUCCCAUCCUCUACCUCUCCCUUCCCAGGUCAGGGAAAACAUCCAGCCGUCAGCCCUAAUCUCCAGCAGUGGCAGCAGGGCUCAGGCAGAGGCUCUGAACAGAGGAACCCAUGGAUGUGCAUAAAGUCUGAGCCCCAGUCUCACUACGCUGCUGCCCCUCACAGCAGCUCAGACCCCAUGUCAGAGCUCAAACAGCUGCUCGGUGACACCAGUGGCAAGUUCAGCAAUGCUCAUUUCAAGCUUCCAGUCCCACAUCAGAUCGGCUUGAACCAGAAUGGAGGUAUCCAGGCCCAGGACAACCCAGCAUUGGCCAGGAUAAAGCAAGAACCAGACUCUGGUGAACACUACCAUCACACUGCCUCCAUGGGACAUUAUGGCAUGGCUAAUGGUCAGCAGCAGGGUCAGCACUACCCUGGCCCUCCCCUGUCUCCUGGUCAAGCAGCCAUCAGCCACUCCACUCAGGCAGCUUUGCAACAGCACCUUCACUACAAGAGGAACCUCUUCUCUAACCACUCCCCUGGCUUUGGAGCACCAGGUCCUCGUGCACCUCUGGCUUGUCAAAACUUGAAAAAAUGGUGGCCACAGAUGGAGGCAGGAGGUUUGGCACAUCUGUCCAUCAAACAGGAACCUAAGGAACCCAAGAAGAGAAAAAACAGCCAAGGAUCUCCUGUCAUAAAAGCUAUGAGUGGGAUGCUUGCAGUCCCUCCCCUGCCCAAACCCAAACAGAUAAUCAUCAAGAAAACCAAGCAGAAAGCCUCCAUGCCAACCUUCCUGCCUCAGUCUCAGAUCGCCGUACAAAAACCACCAGUCCUCAUGAUGGACAGAGCCCCGGCCCUGACCAGCCUGCAACCAGGUUCCCUCCCCUCUCUGCCCCUCCACAGUAACUCCACUCAGGCUGCUGCUGCAGGCCUCCCUGCCCCAGCCCAAUCUCAGGUAUCCAUAUCCAACUCCUCAAUGACUCCCCCUUCCACUGUUUCUGCUUUGUCAGAAAACACUCCAGCCCUCAUGGGCCCUCUGCCCCCACCUGUGGACCCUGUAGCCCAUGCUAAGUCAGAGGGAGUGAGCAGCCUGGCCUCCAGUAACACCAGCACCACCACACCUGUGACCUCCACAUCUCCAUCCAGCACCUCACAGUUACAGAAUGUCAUCAACAUUGACCCGAAGUAUGAAGAACUGAUCCGCCAGUUUGAGGCCGAAUUUGGGGACUCAGCCCCAGAUGCACCUGCCAGUCAGCCCAUGGAGGAGAAUGCUACAGCCCCUCAGCCGAAGAAUCUGUCCCAGACCAGUCCUCAGGACCUCAGUCCCACAUCAUCUUCCACCUCCCAGUCGGCUCCCUUGAUUCGCGCCACUCAAGCCAACUCCACACCUUGUCCAGAUGAUCAGGAGAUGGAAGUUAGCAAGGAUGAGUCAGAGACCCGAAGUGAAGCAACCUUGAACCAGGCAUCCACAGAAAGCCCCAUGAGGGAUGUCUCUCUGCAUCAUCAGGCCAUGCCGGACAAGCAGCAUCAGCCCAGCGUGUUAGAGGAUAAGUUCCACAUGCCGUGUUCCCCUCUUCCCAAACGCAUGAAGAUCGAAACCUCGGGUGAUAUAACAGUGCUUUCCACCACAUGCUAUUCUGGGGAGGACACGCCCACUAAGGACAGUCUGCCUUCUUCUCCAUCUCUCAGAGGCUUCCUAGAGUCUCCUCUGCGCUACCUGGACACCCCCACCAAGACCUUGCUGAAUACUCCUUCCAAGGAUCUGCAGGCGGAGUUCCCCACCUGCACCUGUGUGGAACAAAUCCUGGAGAAAGAUGAAGGGCCCUACUACAAUCACCUGGGAUCUGGACCUACUGUGGCCUCCAUACGACACCUGAUGGAGACGAGGUACGGAGAGAAGGGGGAUGCCGUCCGGAUUGAGAAGGUGGUGUACACAGGCAGAGAGGGAAAGAGCUCACGAGGAUGUCCUAUUGCUAAGUGGGUGAUCCGUCGUGGCAGCGAGACGGAGAAGCUGCUGUGUUUGGUGCGACAGCGUGCAGGCCACCACUGUGCCAACGCUGUCAUCAUCAUCCUCAUUAUGGCCUGGGAAGGUGUCCCGAGGGCCCUGGCUGACAAGCUGUACCACGAGCUCAGUGGCACUCUCACCAAAUACGGCAACCCCACCAGCCGACGCUGUGGCCUCAACGAUGAUCGUACCUGUGCGUGUCAAGGCAAGGACAGUGAGUCUUGUGGUGCUUCCUUCUCCUUUGGCUGCUCUUGGAGUAUGUACUUUAAUGGCUGUAAGUACGCCCGAAGCAAGAUGCCGCGCAAGUUCAGGCUUCAAGGAGAUCACCCUGAAGAGGAGGACAAACUCAGGGAUAACUUCCAGCAUCUGGCAACUGAGGUGGCUCCUUUGUACAAGCAGCUGGCGCCACAGGCCUACAGUAACCAGUGCCAGACGGAGUCGAAAGCUCCAGACUGCAGGCUGGGCUCGAAGGAAGGCCGGCCAUUCUCUGGAGUCACUGCUUGCAUGGACUUCUGUGCCCACGCUCACAAGGACCAGCACAACCUCUACAAUGGUUGCACAGUGGUGUGCACUUUGACUAAGGAGGACAACCGUUCGGUGAAGGAGAUCCCUGAGGAUGAGCAGCUUCAUGUGUUGCCUCUUUACAGGGUCUCCCAGACCGAUGAGUUUGGCAGUGAGGAGGCCCAGCGUCUCAAGAUGAAGUCCGGAGCCAUCCACGUGCUUCAGGCUUUCCGCCGCGAGGUACGCAAGUUGCCCGAACCUGCCAAGUCCUGCCGACAGCGCAGACUGGAGGCCAAGAAGGCCAACUCGGAGAAGAAGAAAAAUAAACUCAUGCAGCAGGCAGGGGAGACGCCAGAGAAAACAGUGGUCAAGGCUGAGGUCUGCAUCACCGGUUCCCCUCAACCCCAAGGCAAUAAAGCAAUUAUAAAACAAGAGGUGAAGCCCAACAUCAAGAAGGAGCCCUUCAACGGAUCAAUAGAUGGAUACCCUGUGCAGGCAGCAGACCCAUUCAACAACAUCUAUCCACACCCUGCCUACUAUGCAAGGGGAGGCCUCCCCCCAACUGGCCAGCCCUCUGCACCAGACCCAGUAAACGGUUACCAUCACAAUCUGCCUGCAAUGCACUAUGGCUACUACAACUACCCCGCCAAUGCACUUUUCCGCCCUAAGCUGAGGACGUACGAGGGUCGAAAUAGCUCUUUGCCAAAAGCUGGCAGCAAGGCUGUCCAGGUUGACAUGAAGCCUGAUAUCCAGACCCUUCAGGCCAGACUGGCCCAGGCCUACCCAAGCCACCCAGAGCAAGCCAACCAACCAAACCACAGCGCUUACACCCAGCCUGCAGACUACAACCAGUCCCGUCCUUCUUCUGUCUGCUCUGAUUCCUCCAACAGAGGCACUCCAGUCAUCAAACAGGAGCCUCUAGAUGUGCCAGUCUAUGAAGGCAUAGUGCAUAGCCAGGCUGGUGCCAACACACCUAGCAACAUCCUCCAGCCUGCGGCCUGGCCAGGGCACAAGCUUAAUGGAAGUAUCGUUCCCACCAACUGGGAAGGCCAUCUGAACUCUAAACCAAGUCUUGAAGCCUCAUUGAUGAACUCAGACAAGCAGCAGUUUCACCAGCAUCCCCAGCAGCGGCAGCCCUCUCCUUACCCCCAGCAGUGGACAUCCUACCCUGGCUCAAAUGCCCUGAUGGCUUCCCCUGCCCCAUCGCCAUCACUCCAGAUGCAUCCCUCUCCAUCUCCGUCCCCUCACCUAGUCACAGCUCUCCCAGGUAACAUACACCAAGUGUCCACACGCCCUUCCACCCCUCACCUAUGUACACCACAGCCUGGCAGCUCUCACUCAGGCUCAGUCACACCACAGCCAGGCACCCCAGGCCCAGGCACCCCCAGGCACUGGGCCAGCCCUGCUCCUAGUCCUCAGCCGAAUCCUUGGGCAAUGGGGCCUGCGAUAUAUAGCCCUGGUUUGAAGCACAGCAAUCCUGCAGGAGCCUACCCUGACAAGAUAUGGUCCAAGACUGGGGAAAGCCGGUGUUCUACUCCCCUUGGGCUCCAAGAGAAGGCCUGGAAGUCUUGUGGAGGUUCAUUUGCAGGCAGUACCCCGUCCCCUGCCCCUGAGGGUCGCCUCUUCCCUGAUGCCCUGCUGCAGUCAGAUCAGGCCUGCUGGAAUCCCAGCCGUGCUGAGAGUGACGUCGAGAGCAACAAGGGCCGCGAGGACUACGACGAUGAGGAGUGGUCUGACAGUGAGCACAACUUCCUGGAUCCCAACAUUGGUGGUGUAGCGGUAGCACCAGCUCAUGGCUCCAUCCUGAUUGAAUGUGCCCGUCGGGAGCUACAUGCUACCACUCCGCUCAAAAAGCCCGAUCGCUCCCACCCCACCCGUAUCUCCUUGGUCUUCUACCAGCACAAGAACCUCAACCAGCCCGUGCACGGCCUGGCGAUGUGGGAGGCCAAAAUGAAGCUGCUGGCAGAGCGUGCGCUGCAGAGGCAGCAGGAAGCGGCUCUCCUCGGCCUCUCCCAGGAAGACAUCAAGGCCCUCGGGAAGAAACGCAAGUGGGGGGCUACGGGGGCAGGUGCCAGUCCAGGACCUGGACAAUCUAAAGACAAGAGGGAGGGGCCAGUGACGCGGUUAGCCCCCACGUUCCACACCUCCUCUAUGGUUACUGUGUCUCCCUAUGCCUUCACCCGUCUCACUGGGCCCUACAGCCACUUUGUGUGAGGUCAGACAGACACAAACAGACUGAUAGCUACAGAGUGGUGCAGUGGAGGGCUGGAGAGAGCGAUGAGCAGGAUGAAUGUCUCUCAGCCGUCCUGGCAGCUGGCAUCUCUCCAUCCUGCCCCCCUCCGCAGUCCACUUGGAGGAGGGGACAUUUUUAUUGUUUUUUACCUCAUGUCAGGCAGUGGUUUGGGCUUCAGACACACUGCCUGUGGUGCUCUUCCUCUCUCUUCCCUGGAGAGGAACUCCAUUGCUUUUUCUUGUUCAUAGAAUUUUAAUGAUUCUAAUUAUUGCUAUUAUUAUCAAUAUUAUUAUGAUUGCUAUUGUUACUGUCAAUGUUGUUAUUACAGGUAUUAUUAUAAUGAAGACUUGUUUUUUUUUAUUAUUGCUGUUUUCAUUAAUGUUAUUAUUAAUGAUGUGAUUGUUUUUGGUUAUAUAUUUUUUUAAAUCAAUCAGCCUGAGUCAGUCAGACUCAGACAAUUGCUUUUUCCAUGUUUGGAAAACGUGUACCCUUUUUUUUUUUUCUUCUGUUUCUGAAUUUCUUUGUUCUUGUCAAUCUUCCAGCUGAGGAGGAGCCAUUAUCUGCCUGGCAAGACAGCAAAUCAAUAUUACAGUGAUCAUAUGUGCGUCCAGUUGGCUUGCCUUGGAUACCUAUCUCUAUUUAUACAAUAUACAGAUAUGUAUCUUUGAUUUUAAGGCAGUUUAGCCCUCCAUAAAGGAUAAUUACAAUUAUUAUCAACCUGGGCCUCUAUUUUCUAGUUUUGUUUAAACUGUCAUUGCUCUGGCUGACAUUGAUUUCGUUUACCAGCAGCACUGCAGUCUAAUACACAAAAGAGCCUGUAAACGUCCAUUUUUAUAUUUUCUGUUGCCUGGAACUUACAUUUCCUGUAUGUCGGUAUUUGCGUCAUUUCAGAUUUUUUCCCGUUAGCUGGGAAAAUCAGUGCACUUCAGCCUCCCAGCAUUCUGUACAAAUAGAAUAUACUAUAUUACGGUCUACACAAAAACAGAAGAGAGAAGAAAGGAAAGACAGAGCUCCACCAAAGUCAGCUGUCAAAGCAGUAGAGUGUAUAUCCACAAUCAUCAGUUGUAUUUGCACUGAUACAAAUAAAUUAUACCAUGCCUUUUUGAUGUGGCCACUGUAAGAAGUAGACCACAUGAAAGGAUUCUUCCAAAUGGAGGCUGCUUCUUUGAUAUUACGUGCACGCAGCUGAAGAGCAGCGCUUGGUUUCAAGUGUUUGUUUGCUGUGUGCAGAGCCCUUUGAAGGCUAAAACUGACCUCUAAAGUUAUGAACAAAACAGAGAGAGAUGCAAAAAGUAGGGAAAAUAAUGCCCAGGUUAAAAAUAAUUGCAAUUGCCCUUUAAACCACAUUUGGAGAAAAAAGUUGCUGCUUCUCUUGUCGUCAGAUGACGCGCUCCUCCUCCUCUUCUGCACCCCUUCAGCUUUCGACCGGUGCUCAACUUCCAGCUCUGAUUGGUUUUCAUUCCGCUAUACUCUUCAUGGCACUUGAUGCUGAACUUAGGUGCUCUAACUUUAACCUGGCUCAUCUAGUAUUAGCAAGCAAAUCUGUUUUGACUGAGGUGAAGUAUCAGAAUGAUGGGAAUUAUUGCUUGAAGACAUCGGUGCUGGAAAUUUUCUUACAGAUGCGUUCCUUUGCUGUGUUCAAACUGCACAUAUCUGGUACUCCACCGAGGCCAAAAUCAGUGAUACUAUUUGCAAAUGCCAUUUGAGCCAGAUCUGCAAUUACCACAUAGAGAUGGAACAGGUGGCACACUUUAUCUUCCUAUAACAGUCAAGUAGGGGGUGAGCACCUCCCAGUGUAAACUCUAGAUGGCAGCAGUGUCUGCCAUUUCAAAGUGGUGUGUACAAACAAACCUACAAGCACUUGAGAUCCAUUCAGAAAGCCAGUAGAAGCCUCACCUUGCUGCCGUAACCAUCCAUGGCCAGUAGAGGGGGAUCUCACACCCUGUUUUCUGACCACGGAUGGGCCUCACCAAAGCAGCUCCAGGUAAAGCUGAACUUUGUCCCCUUGCGGGCACAAAGGUUCAAGCAGAAGGAAACAGUGUUGGCACAUCGGUGCUUUUGGUGCUCCUACACACACAUACACUCCGGUGCUCUCCUAUUACACUUGAUUUACUGUGAAGGGCCCACUCCUCCCUCUGCAUGGUGCUGCCAUCUUCGAGCAGAGGGAGGCGUGUCCUUCCGCAGGCACCACAGAGCCAGUCAAUCAAAGUGGCCGCCUUGUGGUUUGCAGCUCCGUCAUCGGGCUCGAGAACUGGUUCCAUUUUAAGGUGCUUUUGAAGUUGUUUUGUGACAAAGUGGUUUUGUCUCAAACAAAGUACACUGUACAGGGCAGAGAAAGCACAGUCAUUCAGUGCAUUGUUGCUAACCCAUUCAACGAGAAAAACAAUAGUGCUGAGAGCUAAAGGGAGACGUAGGAAAAUGACUGUUGCUUCUGGGAGUUGGCGCCAAAUCCAAGUGCUUAGAAUCAAUGAAUCUCUCACUUUGCCUGUGUGUGUGUGUGUGUGAAUGACUCAAAUACAUGAGUGUGUGAAAGAGAAAAGCCAAAGAGAGAGACUAUUUGAUAGCCUGGAUAGAAUCCCCUGAAUCACUCCUUUUUGUUUUCAGGCAUCAACCAUGUGACCAUUUGAAUAACUGCAUUCAAGCGGUGGCAUGGUUUAAAUGUGUCGAAAAUGAAAAUGAGCGACUGAUAGAAUUGGAUACAGGCUGACUCCUGGUUGCUGGGUGGUUGUUUGGUUCAAAGCCCUGGUCAUCUGUGAAAGACCCUGUUAGCUCUCCCGAGGGUCUCCAGCUCUCUACCUCACGCUGUAGAGACACUGGUCACAAUCAACAACGUGCUACUGAGGGCAGAGAAUCACGCAUAUGUCCCUUUGUGAGCUCUAGAUCUCCACACUCAUUUCCACUUCCUUUUUUUUACUCUUAUUUAUUACUACAUGGUGAUGAUGAUAAUGAUUGUCUUUGAUGUUAUUGUUUUUUGUUUUUUUUUCAUCUUUUUUUAUAUAGCUAAUACAAAUUGUACAUAGAGAAGAAAAGAUUUAUAAAAGCACUUUUAAUCUUGAUUUUAAUGACAAAAAGAAAGAGCCGAUUAUUGACAACUUGAAGCUUAGUUUUUGUUUUUGUUUUUGUUUUUGUUUUUUGUUUUUUCUCAAGAGAGAGAUAAAAAUGUAAAUAUUAAAAUAUUUAGGUAAGAUUAUUUAACUGGUGAGGAUAGUAACUAAACCAUGAAUGACAAAGGGGGUAUUUUGAAGUCUCUGACAGCCCUCAACAACAGUGAACAACACUUUGGUCCCAACGUGUUGUGUGUAAAUGUGUGCUUAGUAACACUGCUGUUUUGCUUUCGUAAGUACUGUACCCCUUUGUCAGCAUGUAACUGACAGAGACCUGUCACUUUCUAAAAACAAAUUCAUUAGCCCGAUUAUGUAACAUGACGACACACUUGACCUACUCACUGACGACAGUCAAAAUAACUGGAGGAUCCCCCGCGUUGCAGUUGUCUCACCAAAACCUCAUACCUACAAAAAGUGUGAAUUUUAGAGUUUUAGAAAAAGCUCAUCUGCUUGACAGCAAUUAUUUGUUUUGACAUUUUACAGCAGGUGUCCCAAGAGAAACUCUCUUAACACAAAUUAAUGGCAAAGUCAAAUUUCAAUUUAAGCUUGAAAAAAAAAAUGUUGUACGUGGUACUCAACAUCAGUGAUCUACUGGCAGUAAGCUAAGGACUAAUGUAAAAAAGGUAGCCAGAAACCUGAUAUGUGCUGUUUGUUGUUUGAAGGAGUAGUUUGACAUUUUGGGAAAUAUGCUUAUUCACUUUCUUUGCUGAGAGUUAGAUGAGAACAUUGAUACCACUCCCAUGUUUGUAUGAUAAAUAUGUAGCUGGAGCCAGCAGCCGGUUAGCUUUAGCUUAGCAUAAAGACUAAAAAUAGGGGGAAACAGUCAGUCUGGCUCUGUGAACAGGUUACAAAAUCCACCUACCAGCACCUCUACAGCUCACUAACACAUUACAUCUCGUUUGUUUAAUCCGUUCAAAAAACAAAGUUACAUGUCAGACUAUUCCUUGCAGGUAACUAGGCAACCAGCAGGGACUACAGGAAGUCACUGCUCCCAGUCAAGACCUUGUCUGGCCAACACAGUCUAACGCAGUUCAUGAAAUAGUCAGAAAAUUUAAUCUAUUUGAUUCGUGUACAUAGACACGAAUUUCCCUUUUUUUUGUGCGUUUUCCUAUGAAUGUCCAGCAACACGUGAUGCCCGUGUCAAUUUCCGCUCCAGUCUUUUCAAAAUAAAACUACUUAGUGAGGUUUAGGAAGAGAUCGACUUGGCUAGGCAACAAAAUUACUUAGGUUUAGGAAAAGAUUGCGGUUUCUGUUAAAAUAUCACCGGAAGUGGCGUAACUUAAGUAUGGAAGUUACUUGACAGAAACUACUUAGGGUUAGAAAAAGAUCGUGGUUUGGGUUAAAAUACAUCGGAAGUGGGGUAACUUAAGUACGGAAGUUACGUAACAAAUAAAUCGACUUUGACAUCUGGUUUCACAAGGAACAGUGGUUUCCUGGGCAAUCCACCCCGACCUCCUCCCUAUGCGGCAUUCGCCGCUCUCUAUACUCCCCGGUUCACAAUUACGUGGAUUACAUACGAAUUGAUUUUUUGCUGACCGUCACAAAAAAAAUUUAAAUUUGUGUCUUAUGUACACGAAUCAAUACAUUAAAUUUCAUGACUAUCUCACUAACUGCUGUGCGACUGGGCUGGUCUGGCACAUGACCUCCUGUAAAAAUUGUCGUUUGUUUGUAGGCAGAUUACCUUUGGUCAGAGCCAAGCUAGCUGUUUGCCCCUGUUUCCAGUCUUUAUGCUAAGCUAAGCUAAGCUAAGUGGCUGCGUACAGAAAUGGGAGUGGUAUCGAUCUUUCCCAAAAUGUUGAACUAGUCCUUAAUAUCAGUAGAGCUGUCCUCUAUAAAUUGGCCACCAAUCAUGUGCAGGACCGCAUCCAAAAGGGGGGGGGGGGGGUGUUUUGGAAUAUACUGGUAGUUGCAGAGUCAGUCUGAGGUGAAUCAGUGGGCGAUGUUUUAGCGAGUAAUAGCCCAGCAAUCUUUGUCAGUUGUGUUAGACUAUCAGGUAAGAGACUGCCUCCCUGCUUGUUUAGAUGUAUCUAUCAUUAUCUACUCUAGUUCUCAUAAUAGUAUAAACUUGGCAUAAAAAUCAUGCCGCCCCUGUGUUUAGUUUGUAAUAAUGAAUCAUAUGAUACACUGAUCAUGGCCAGCAGUAGUUGGACUGGUGCAGGUGCUGGGACUGGUACAGUAACAGCCCCAUUUUACUCUUUAACCAUAAUGCAUGGCCCACAUUACACACACACACACACACACUUGCCUAACAACGGGUGCUGAGGAUACAGUGUAUAUGAUAUCUUAAUAACUUUGUAAAUUUCUAAAUGUCUCACUAUUUUGGUGGAUGGUUCUCAUGAGAGGCGCCUCCUCCCGAGCACGUAUACCGAGAUGGGGGGAGGGGUCGGUCAGCCGGUGCUAUGAUGCCACACCUAAAAAAUUCACUGUGUAAAAAAAAAAAGAAAAUGCGAGGGAUAAAUGAUUACCACAAAUAUUUUUCUGAGCUCUUCGAAUGUCAAGAGAAGUAUACUUUUGAUUCAAGCAGUUUCCCAGGAUGAGGAAGCUGCCCUGGUGCUGACUUUAUGAAAAGUCUUUUGUUACGAUGCUACAAAUUUACAUCUCUUUUUGAGGGCAAAGGGGGGGUGGGGGGGGGGGGGGCACUCAAACAGUUGAUUACAUUCUCUAUUAAUAUUCAUUCCAUAUUGUACUUGAACUCAUUAAAACUAGGAUGAGAUAUAGAAUCAUAUUAUAUGAAGACUGUUAUCUGGGUUUCACGUUUGGUACAGCGCAAGUACCAAAGGCUAUUGAAAUGAUCUUUUGAGUAUGUUGUACAUGUUCAUGUUAACUGAAUGCUAAGAUAUUUGAACAAUACAAGAAUAACAUGUGUACUGCCUCCCUUCCUCUUCCUCUCCCUGGUCAUGCACUUCCUUUACUCAACCCCUCUCUUAUUCUUCACACCUUGUAUAUUUUGUCUUUCUCUCUCUCACACACACACACAUAGAUAUACAUAUGCAUCUCACUGUGUAUGGCCCACUUUUAGAAGUCUAUCGAACACCUAAUUUAAUGAACACUCUCCAAAUUUGGGAUAGAGACUUGGACCCUGGCCCGUACAAAAAAAAGAAAGAAAUUCAAACGAACCUCCACAACUGGCAGCUACAUUCCUUUUUGAGUUUUAGGAUUGUUAUUGGUUCUUUAUUUUCAUGUCAAGGAUGCAGUAUGUAAAAAAAAGUGUUUUUGUUCAGUCUCUCUCUCUUUGUAGCUGUAUGGUGUAUUAUGUGAAUACAUAGUGUAUGUGGUAAAAAAACACCACAAUAUUGUUUUAUGUUGCGCGAUAAAUAAAAACAUUGAAGUGAAAA